AUGGCUAUUGGAAAGCAAGUAUACUAUUUCAAGCGCAAUAUUUGCAGCCCAAAACUGUGCGUAGCUAAUCUGAUUCAUACAUUAGAAUCUAAGUCAUCAUCCGUUGCGAGGUUGGCCUUUUGCCACUUGCAACAGUUAUGGCCCCGGCUUGUGGUGCAGAUGAAUAGUACGAGGAGAUUUUCACAACCCAGUUCCAUGAUAUGGCGAGACUUGAGUCUUAAUUUAGAGCUGGGGAAAUUCGAGAUGUUCAGAGAUGAUCGAAUGCAGCUGCUCUUCGACUUCGGGCCUGAAAAUAUUUCCAAACAUACCCGAAUUAGGGCAAUAUGCUCGUAUACUGAUCGAUCCCGACCUUGCGCAUUCGCCUACUCGAUUCGGAAACCUUGCUUCAGUGGUGAGCAGUGGGCGAGUGCUGGUGAGGAGUGGGAGAGCUGGGCCACCGCAUAUUUGAAGAAACUCCGCGAUAAUGGAAGAGCUUUGGCCUGUACGGAUGAUGUAAGUGAUGCCUUUUUGUUUAAAGUGAAGUACAAACUCCUAGUUUGA